ACACUCACACACUCACUUACAGGGUGUCUGCUGCCCGGACAGCGCUGCUGCAGCGGAUGAUUCUACAACUGUGAAUGAGCAAGUGGUUUUUAUACGUUUUCCUGGCUGGAAAUGAAGGCAUUCCAAUUUUAAAUGAUGGAUGGAAAUCUUAAUCAUAUGAUUUGUUUCUGAAUUUAAGUCACAGAUCUACAAGAAGGUUCCGCUGUUGAUGUGAGGUUCCUGCAGAUGCACAAAUCUGUGAUGCGAAGGAUUUCUGUCCUACAUCCAAAUCCCAAGAAGAAGAUGAGUUAUUUAAUGUAAUGCCCCCAAUUGAAGACGGGUAAGGAAAUUGACCUUUCUGGGUGGUUGUAUCUGAAGAUUGCUUUGCCGAAGCAACCACUUGUAGAAGGGUUUUGAGUCAUGAUGCAAGAAUCUGGGCCUGAGACAAAAAGUAACGAUUCAGCUGUCCAGAAUGGAGGGAGCUCUGGUAACCACUUACUAGAGUGCACGUUACGGGAGAGCCGAUCUAACGGAGAAACACCUUCUCUAGAAGCGGGCGCAGCAGAGCUAGCACAUCUCCAGCAACACCAGGCUCUCCAAGUUGCUCGGCAGCUGUUAAUACACCAGCAACAAGUCAGUGGAGUUAAAGCUCACAAGAGGAAUGACAAACAACCAUCCCUCCAGGUCCCUGUAUCAGUGGCUAUGAUGACACCCCAAGUUAUCACUCCCCAGCAAAUGCAACAAAUCCUCCAACAGCAAGUGCUUACUCCCCAACAACUACAGGUUCUGAUACAACAGCAACAGGCCCUCAUGCUUCAUCAGCAGCAGUUGCAAGAAUUUUAUAAGAAACAGCAAGACCAGUUGCAGAUUCAGCUGAUACAGCAACAGCAUGCAGGAAAACAACCCAAAGAGCAGCAGCAGCAGCAAGUGACUACUCAGCAGUUAGCUUUCCAACAGCAGUUACUGCAAAUGCAACAGCUUCAGCAGCAACACCUCAUGACUUUACAGCGGCAAGGCCUCCUGUCUCUCCAGCCGGGGCAGCCAACCCUUCCACUGCAAUCUCUUGCCCAAGGCAUGAUUCCAACAGAGCUUCAGCAGCUCUGGAAAGAAGUAACCGGCUCGCACACGGUGGACGACGGGGCUUGUAAUAACCACAGCUCUCUGGACCUGUCCACGACAUGCGUUUCAUCAACUGCGCCCCCCAAGCCGUCGCUUCUCAUAAACCCUCAAGCAUCUACCAAUGGACAGGCAUCUGUUCUCACUCCAAAAAGAGAGAGCAUGUCCCACGAGGAAUACAUGCAAUCUCAUCCCUUAUAUGGACAUGGUGUUUGCAAGUGGCCGGGCUGUGAAGCUGUUUGUGAAGACUAUUCCUCUUUUCUAAAACAUCUGAACAGUGAACAUGCUCUGGAUGACAGGAGUACAGCCCAGUGUCGAGUGCAAAUGCAAGUUGUACAGCAAUUAGAGCUACAGCUUUCAAAAGACAAAGAGCGGCUUCAAGCAAUGAUGUCGCAUUUACAUGUCAAGUCGACAGAACCCAAAGCUAGUCCCCAGCCUCUGAACCUGGUAUCCAGUGUUACCCUUUCAAAGACUGCAUCUGAAUCUUCCCCGCAAAGCUUACCUCAUACCCCUACGACUCCAACAACACCACUCACUCCCAUCACUCAAGGACCCUCAGUUAUCACUACUACCAGCAUCCACAAUGUCGGCCCCAUACGAAGGCGGUACUCUGACAAAUAUAAUGUACCCAUCUCUUCAGGUGAGCUGGACAUUAUUUGGGAUAUUGCACAGAACCAAGAAUUUUACAAAAAUGCAGAAGUAAGACCACCCUUCACAUAUGCAUCUUUAAUUAGGCAGGCUAUUCUUGAAUCUCCUGAAAAGCAAUUAACACUAAAUGAAAUCUACAAUUGGUUCACACGGAUGUUUGCCUAUUUCAGACGGAAUGCUGCAACGUGGAAGAAUGCAGUGCGCCAUAACCUUAGCCUACACAAGUGUUUUGUGCGAGUAGAAAACGUUAAAGGGGCAGUAUGGACAGUGGAUGAAAUAGAAUUUCAAAAAAGGAGGCCACAAAAGAUCAGUGGUAACCCGUCACUGAUCAAAAAUAUUCAGACCAGCCACGCCUACUGCACACCUCUUAACGCUGCUCUGCAGGCUUCAAUGGCUGAGAACAGUAUACCUCUAUACACUACGGCUUCUAUGGGAAAUCCAGCUCUUACCAGCUUAGCCAGUGCAAUGAGAGAAGAGCUGAACGGUGUGAUCGAUCAUGCAACCAGCAACGGCAGCGACAGUAGCCCCGGCCGCUCCCCUAUGCAAGCAAUGCACCACGUACAUGUGAAAGAAGAACCGCUGGAUCCUGACGAUAACGAGGGCCCACUAUCACUAGUAACAACAGCCAAUCAAAGUCCCGACUUUGACCCUGACAGAGAUUAUGAAGAUGAGCCUGUAAAUGAGGAUAUGGACUGAAUUACAUCUAACGUCACUAACCUGAGAUUGAAGGCAGUCCAAGUUUGUGGGGGUGGGGGGGGCUUCCUCCUUUAUUGUAUAGGCUGAAGGGACCCCAGACCAUUCGACAACUUAGACAUGUGUUCACUCGUAGUGCCAUCAAGUUCCCAUUUGGGAGUAUUUUUGAUUUUUCUACUUUUUUUGUUGGAAAAAAAAAAGGAAUUUGUACUCUGUGCAUUGGAUGGACUUGUUUGGUACUUGGAAAUUUCCUCUUACAGGUGACAUCAGUGUUGUAAAUUUGCUAAACUGAUAUCACUUGUUCAUUCGCAGCGGACUAUGGACUGCAUUACUGCCAAAACGGACACGGAGGACAACGAUAUACGCAUGUACAUCUAAAAUGCAGAUCACCCCUUUGCCCAGGUUAUAAGGAUUCCAAUGGACAACGUAUUUGCACAGUACUGCAUGUUAUAUUGAUUAUCACUGCCUUUAAAUCAAUUCUUUUGCUUCCAUUUUGGGAUGGGGAUGACCUUUUAUAUAGGUAUGGGACAGAAUGAGAGGCAGAGGAAUUUAUCCCAAACGUAACAUAUUGCAUUUGUUUUUUUCUCGUACUACACCAAUUUAAGUUCUGACCUCAGGCCUCUGCUUCAGGCCCAAGGCCUCUCUGAGGCACAAUGUUUUCUGUACUUUGUUAUGAAUGUUGAUAGGUGUUUUUAUUAUAUGAAGCUGAAUGUCAUCCAUUUGUUUUUAAUUUUAAGUCAUCCAUUCCAGCUUUCUUCAGUAGCCAUAUUAUUUACCCCACAAAAACAGUCAAAAUAAAUGUAUAGGUAAAAUCAUUCCAUUUUAAUAAUAAUAUUACCAAAAGGACCCAAAGCCCGAACUACCCGUGGAUUAUCUAUGUUACACUGCAAGGACCGAAUGAAUGACAGUCGUAGAUAUAAGAAGAGAUAAAUAUCUGAAGUAGACAAAGUUUGUUAAAGUAAAGCAGUAUUCUUUUAGGUGUUGUCAGUAACGGUUUAUUAAAUAAUAGUUAGCACUCACAAAACAGAUGGCACAAAACCAUAAUUUGUAUUUCCUAAUUUUACUUUCAUUUGUGUAUCGGAGACAGAAGUGAUGAAAAUGUCUUUGAGGCGCUUGGUCUAUUCAAGGUGUUGCCAAUUUGUCGGUCUCCAGCUGCCUAUUUUACUUAGUUCAAAAAUAUUUGAAGUUCGGCACCAGCUGUCAAGUUAAAAUGGCUCUGUCACCUCAAACUUAAAUUUUUCCUAUUGUUCCUCUUUUCUUCCUCUUUAGAAAUGCGUUCUUCUUUUCUUCAUUUCAUUUCUCCUAUUUCUCUUAAAACCAUCAGACAAAGUAGGGACUACCUUGUCUUAUGUAUUUUUCCAACACUUCUUGACAAAGGAUGGCGCUUAAAGCAUGCUUCACUCUUUGUUAGGUUGACAAAGGAAAUUAACACAUUUGUCAAGGGUGUUCCUACUUUUUCCUAUGUUUUUACUAGAAAUAAAUAAGAAAUGAAGAAAAGAAGAACGGAUUCUGAAAGAGGAUGAGAAGAGGAAACAAUAGGAGAAAGGUAAGUUUGAGGGGACAGAGCCACUGUAAACAUUCAUGCUACACUAUUACAUGAUCGUUUAAGACUUAGAAAAAUGGAUAUUUGUAGAAUAUGUUAAUAAUAUGGGCUUUGUGCAUCAGAAACUUAUAAAGCCACUAACAGUGCUCUGGUGGAAAAAGACUGGUAAUUAUUCAUGUUUAUGAACUCUUCUUGCACUGGCAAUCUAGGGGAAAAAAAAAAAAAAACAAUCAGCACUCUAAAUUUUGUUCCAAAGGGGUAGAAAAUUCCUUGACUCCAACAUCACAAAUAUAUUCACAACGGAACAGGAUUACUGUAUUGAUGUAGCUUGCAAAAUAUGCUAGUUAAUGGAAUCAAGCCUUGGGAAGAGUGUGAUGGUUUAUUUGUGCCAAAUUUGCAUUCUAUUUAGGUUUAAUGGAAAAUCUUAAAACUAAUUCUGAAAAAAAAAAAAAGAAGAAGAAGACACAAUGAAUAUAAUGAACCUGUAAAUCACUGCUUUUGUCAUGGUCAUUAAAUGCCCAUUCCUUUUUUUUCUAUGUUUAUAGUGAAUAUUGGUAAAUUUAUUUUUUUUCUACAAAUUUCACUUUAUAAUGUUUAAGGUCCCCUGCACACACACAUAGUUGUGUUUUACAGUAAGUAUCACUGGUGUUUGUAAUCCCUAGUUACUGCAAUUUUAAAGUCCCUGCACAAUUUAUUACCUCAGGUAGUGCUCCCUGAUCAUCCCACAGCUAUAGCACUAGUGUGUAUUCUGCGAUCUUAAUGUGCAUUUUCAACAUUCUCCAUUAUAAAGCUACGCUCGCUUUUCUACUCUGAGCCUAAACGUUAUGUAACGUAGAUGUUUUCUCAUCAUUACGACUGCAACACACGUUGUUGCAAGACUGCAGACUCCAUUCCCUCACCACCCCAAAAUCCUUCCGUCUCCAAAUUCUCAGACGUGUGUGUUCCACAACCACUUUAAAUCAUUAUUUAUUUAGGAACCUCGGUUGAUCUUUAUACUAAUUAAUAUUUCUUUCAGAUGUCAACCUCUAUGCUGUUGUUGAGGUUCCUCUGAUGCUUUGCAGAGCAAGGUUUUUUGUUUUUGUAUUGUUUGUUGUUUCUUUUUGUAACUGGUGGCUUUAGUGGUUCCUUUGUGACUUCUUGUUUUCUUUUGUUUUCUUCCCCCUCCGUAAAAUUACCAAAGAUUUUACACAACUGUAAAUUAUGUUGUUUGUUACAUGCUUUAUAUUACAAAGCCAAAUAUCCUCUUGUUGUUGAUCAAAGGAGAGCAAGCAAAUCUAGAAUGGGACCACCAGUGAUAUAGGAAGUUUAGUUUUAAAGUUUAUUUCCAUUUAUGUGUUAAACCGACCAUAUAAGUCUUAACCAAAGUUGAUGUUUUUGUCUCUGGUGUGACCAAACCAUAUCUAAUGUAAGGCUCAGUAUUGGAGAACUCCACAAAGUGGUGGACAUAGCAAAGAACCUGUAUGUUUCCUUUGCCUGGAGCUCUCUGCUUUCGUCCUCCUCCUCUGGAGGUAGGCAAGAGAUUCUGUGUGAAAGAGCACAGCCACAUUGUUCAAUGUGACUAGAGCCACCAGUGACAUACUGGUCCUGCCUCUUAAGGGGUUGAGAUUUGGGAUUUUUUGUUUGGGGUGUAGAUAGAGUUUCAUGCAUCUACCCCUACCAGAGGAAAAGUGCUUUCACUGCAAAUCAUGGUAAUUUUAUUUGAAACCCAGAAACUCCUGAGUGAAUUACACUGAAAUCACAGGUACAGCCAUUUCUAUUAAAAUGCCACUGGACGUACCUGGUAAAAAAAUAAAAUAAAAAUCUUUGAAAAAUUACUGCAGUAAACUUAGAACUGCAGUUCUAUUUUCUGAUCAAUAAAUUACAGAUGUAAAAAUAAAAACAGCUUUUGAGAUAAAUGUUAAAAAUUAAUUUUUACUUCAAAGCAUGCAUUGAAAAUAUUUGAAUACAACUGUGAAUAAUGGACGAAUAGAAAAUAUAAGCUAUCACAAAAGACAAUUCUAAUCCCCUAAAGCAUUAACAUUAAUGAACAUAAUCAGUGAUUUAGAUAAAUAGAUGUCACAAUUGACCAAUCACUUAUUCUCAUCAAGUAUAAAGGCAAUUUAAAAAAACACCCAUGUGUCCAAUAUGUUGAGAAAAAAUAAUAUAGAAAAUAUUAAGUACAAUAAGGCUUACUUUUUCAUUAAUAUUAGUACAUAUAUAGCCCCCAACAUUGUUGUCCUGUUAAUCGAACCACCGGUGAGAGUGGUAAAAGGGGACAUGCCAGUGAUGCAGAUUGUGACAAUGGCACCACCCAUAGAGAAUGGGGGCAGGUCAGCCUGGCGUGAAUGAAUUGCGGGCUGUCUGCCAAUAACUCUGGCUGGCCCACUAAGGGCAGAUCAUGCAGGGUGCACUGUCUACGCUUUUUGGAGAUGGAUUCCUGGUGUUUUGCUUUUUGGUACAGUGGGACAGGGCCCUAAAACCAGGACUAUCCUGUUUAAUAUCAUGUAACUUGCCUUCUGGGGCUGACAUCAAAACAAGUAUUUUAGCAUGGCUAAAGGUGGUAAAAUAUCUGUCGUGAAUGUUCAAAACACUUUUGUAAAUGAAAAAGUAUCUUUACACACUAAGAUAUGCUUUUGUUUUUUAAUUUUUUGAAGAACAGAAUUACUUAUCCCACGUUAAUUGUAUAUCCUAUUCCUAGCAAAUUUCCUAGGAAAGUUUGAUAUAUCAAUAUUUUUUUAGGAAGAUGUUUUGCCCCGCUUUUGGUCUGGUGUGUACAACACCACCUCAAUGUUAAAAUAAGACAUAGGAUAAAAUACAGAAGGGAAUUGUACUUAACAAUAAAA